AUGUCCCUGUUUUACUGGCCAGCUUCAAAUCCAAUUAAGCUUUGGCCAUACGAAUUUUCCCCCUACAAAGGAAGAGACAGAGACCUGCUCCUCCAUCUGGACUCUCACAAGUCCAUGGGACCAGACGAGCUCCACCCUAGGGUGCUGAGGAAGCUGGCGGAGGUAAUUGCCAAGCUGCUUUCCACCAUCUAUCAGCGUUCCUGGUUCUCUGGAGAGGUCCCAGAGGAUUGGAGGCUUGCUGAUGUGACUCCCAUCCACAAGAAGGACCGGCACCGGCGGUACCGGCCGGGCCAGCUGGCGCUGAAGGAGAUCCGCAAGUACCAGAGCACCACCAACCUGCUGCUGCGCCGGCAGCCCUUCUGCCGCGUGGUGCGGGAGAUCUGCCUGCUCUUCACGCGGGGGGUGGACUACCACUGGCAGGCCAUGGCGCUGCUGGCACUGCAGGAGGCGGCGGAGGCUUUCUUGGUGCGCCUGCUGGAGGACGCCUACCUGUGCUCGCUGCACGCCCGCCGCGUCACCCUGUACCCCAAGGACCUGCAGCUGGCCCGGCGCCUGCGGGGGCUGGACGGGGGGGGGGAUCUGAGUUCGAGGCUGUUAUAG